GAGUAGUUCGCGCUGACGUCCCGGCGGUCCCGCCAGGCCGCCAUGGCUCGUCUGGCGUACUGUACCGACGUGGACCGGUCCGUGGUCCUCUCCAGUCUGGAGCGGCGCGGCUGGACCGCCGUCGGACCAGAGGACGACUGGAACUUCUACUGGGCCUCGACAAACACCACCCGCAGUCUAUUCAGCGUCGACAGUGGUUACCGUAUGGGAGAUCACCAGAUGAUAAACCACUUUCCGACCCACUACGAGAUCACCCGUAAGGACCUGAUGGUGAAAAACGUCAAACGCUACCGCAAAGAGCUGGAGAGGGACGGAAACCCGCUGGGAGAACGAAACGAACAGGGUCGCUACGUGCACCUGGACUUUAUCCCGGUGACGUUCAUGCUGCCGGCCGACUACAACCUGCUGGUCGAGGAGUUCCGCAAGAGUCCCAACAGCACAUGGAUCCUCAAACCGGCCGGCAAGAGCCAGGGCGUUGGCAUCUUCCUCGUCAACCGGCUGGCGCAGAUCAAAAAGUGGUCCCGCGACUCAAAGACGCCGUUUAACCCGGCGCUCGUGAAGGAUACAUACGUCAUCUCCAGAUACAUCGACAACCCUCUGCUGAUUGGUGGCAAGAAGUUUGACCUGCGCAUUUACGUUUUGGUUACCUCGUUCCGACCGCUCAAGGUCUACCUCUUCAAGAUGGGAUUUUGUCGCUUCUGCACCAUCAAGUAUGACCUCAACACUCAGGAACUGGAUAACAUGUUUGUUCAUCUCACCAACGUCUCGAUACAAAAGCGCGGGGUAGGUAUGAACACCUCGGUAGCACUUUGUUUCGCUAUGGGUGUAGGUAAAUGUCUUACCAAACAUUUCGUUCAGCUUUUUGGUCUGAAGACUGAAGUUGUCAUUCAAAUGGCCGAUUUGCUGCCUUCGAUACAGAAUGCUGUCAGGCUUACCAGGACCAUGCCACUACACAUUUCCCUACAUCUUCAUUCCCAGGCCGAGUACAAUUCGAUCCACGGCGGUAAGUGGUCCAUGGAGAACCUGCAACUGUUCCUGGAAGGAACUCGCGGCCGGAAAGUCACCGACAAGCUGUUCAGCGACAUCAACUGGCUGCUGGUGCACUCGCUGAAGGCCGUGGCGCCAGUCAUGGUCAGCGACCGACACUGCUUCGAGUGCUACGGAUACGACAUCAUCGUCGACCAGAACCUCAAGCCCUGGCUCAUUGAGGUGAACGCCUCACCGUCUCUGUCCUCCACCACGGCCAACGACCGGAUCAUGAAACAGGCGCUGAUCGACAACAUCAUCAAGGUCGUACUGCCGCCCGACGGAAUACCAGACGUGCACUGGAACAAGGUGCCGCCGUCGGAGAACCUGACCGACUUCGAGCUGCUCCUGGACGAGGAGAUAGCUGCGCAGCUGGAGAACGCCAGGGACCGCGGACAGGCCUCCAACCUGCCCCGCUGGCGCUGAACUACGGUCACUGUGACUGCCCGGGACAGCUGGAGAACGCCAGGGACCGAGGACAGGCGUCCAACCUACCCCGCUGGCGCUGAGGAUCGCGGACAGGCCUCCAACCUACCCCGCUGGCGCUGAGGACCGCGGACAGGCGUCCAACCUGCCCCGCUGGCGCUGAGGACCGAGGACAGGCGUCCAACCUGCCCCGCUGGCGCUGAGUCUGUGACCCGGGCUGGGGACAGCAGAGGCUGUCUGGGACAGCGGACAGGCGUCCAAUCUACCCCGCUGGCGAUAAAGCACCUGAACAAUGGGAGAGAGGCCAGCACAGCUAUGUAACUUCCACCGAAUCAGGACAUAAAAAAUGUUUGUAUAAUAUACGCUUAUCA